AUGGAAGGCCUCGCGACACAGGCAGUGAGCCAAUUCGCGGACACUAACGGCACGACCAAUGACCACAACAGUACAGGCCAAGUCGAAACGUGGUCGCUCGUACUGGGAAUGAUUGUGACGUUAACAGUGAUGGUUAUUGGGUCCCUCGGAAACCUGCUAACGCUUCUGACCUUCGCGCACCAGUUCUGCAUGCCUAUUCAGCUAAGGUGCAUCAAAUACAUGACACCUGACACUGUGCUCAUCCUUAAUCUGGCACUGGCGGAUUUUCUCUACUCGGCUGUCAAUCUACCCUUUAUGUUCAAUACUUAUUACAGUAUUUAUAUGACGAAUAGUAACAUCUCAGGGAAAUCCACAGCACCCUGGGAGAAUAAUAUGGCUGCCUGCAGUUUCUCAGCUUUUCUCAGAUACACCAAUGCUUUCUCUGAAUGGAUGACUUUGGGUCUUAUGGCCUUAGAGAGGUGUAUUUGCAUCCACAAGUUUCGCCACAACAGCAGACGUCCAAACAAGUGGUUUACUUGCUGGAAAACCUUUAUUUACUGCAUAAUGAUUUGGAUGCUUGGUAUGGCACUGCAAAUACCAACAUACGUCGGGGCGUACGGGAAUUUUGGUUACAACAACAUGACCCUCAAGUGUGAUUUUAUUGACACGAAUGGAGCGAAUCCGCGCAUCCUUUUUUUCACCAUGGAGACUGCUAUCCCCUGUAUUCUCAUUUUCAUUGGAAACAAAUUCAUCCUGGUUUUAGUUUACUCUAACAACAGACGCAUUCUUUCCGUUAUGGGAUCACACGCAUUCCAACAAGCUCAACUUCGCCGCAGCCGAACCACCAGAGUUAUUGUUCGUCUCUUAAUCGUGUUCCUUGUGUGCGUCAUACCCAUCUGCUUAUAUAACGUCAUCUUCGCCAGAGACAACGUCUCUCUACAUGAAACUGUCCCAGAAAUUGGCAUAGUGCUGUACUGUAUCUAUUUCUUGCAGUAUUGCAUCAACAACUUCAUAUACGUCGUUUGUUUUGAAAAGUACCGUUGCGCGUACUACCAGUUCCUCUGUUUCAUUCUCUGUCGGAAGGUGAAGCCGGUAACACCGGUCAAGACCCUUCCUUUGCGUCCAAGCGACCAAGUCUACACGAUUAGCAGCCCCCACGGUCUGCAGGUACCCGAGAAAAUGCUGCCACGCACUCCCUCGGAGUGUGAGGAGGAGAGGCGUGCUGAAAAUGACCCUCAAUACCAACAAUGGCAGAGAAAUUCGCCGAACAGCUCGCUCUCAUCCCAAGCCAGUUUCGGUCUGGAGAUUCCCGAGUCGCGCCUUGCCUCGUCGCUCCGGUCGCAGGGGGAAAGUGUCACCUUCGAGAGCGACGUACCCGACAGGAGGCACACUUUCGGGAGUCUGAGCACCUGUUCGUCGAAUGCCACUCUGGUCCUGCCUGCUGCGAGGAAAUUCUCCCUCAAGAAAAAGCUCAAGAGAACUUUCUCCAGAUGAGGGUUAGCAUUUUGGAUCAUGACAAGAAACAAGGUCCAUUUUCAAAAUGGUUAAAAUGAACAGCCUUAUGCCGUGUGUGUGUUUCUGCAUAGUUGAAUAUGUAUAUGUAUAUAUUUGUUACCAGUUAUUAAGUUAUUUUUCAUUGUAUAUAGUCACUAUAAUUUAUACAAUCAAUAAUGGAAUGUGUUGUCAUCUUUUAUAAGCCGUCUCUUAUACAAAGAUGUGGCACCUAUCCACAAAUGAUGAAUGUGUUCAAUUAUUUUAAUACUCCAGGAAAAAUUUUGCAAACAAGUAUGAACAAGGUUUUAUGUGAAUAAAAAGGGAAUUUGAUAUUGUAUUGCUAGUUCACUAUUUACAAAAUGAAAUGGAGGCAACAGGUACACCAUCCAAUGCACUGCCCAAAGAUGAGCACAGCAAUUGCGUGUGAAACUUAAGUAUACCUAUCCAAAUAAACACAUACUGUACAUACCUUUACAAGAAUCAUACAAGAUGACACCAUAUGUAGAUUCGUGCCUACGUUUGUCCAUACUUGUGCGUGCGUGCGUUCGUGUGUGUGUGUGUGUGUGUGUGUGUGUGUGUGUGUGUGUGUGUGUGUGUGUGUGUGUGUGUGUGUGUGUGUGUGUGUGUGUGUGUGUGUGUGUGUGUUCACGGAAAUAGUACGUAGAUGUGUUCAAUACGAUUAAGGUAUCUUCUCUGUGACUCGAGUGUUUGGAAGAUGAAGAGGUAGCGUGGCAUACAAGAGUUGUAUAAAGAGCCAAUAUCUGCUAAAUUCAAAGUAAAAUUGUCUUUUCUCUCUCAUACACACAUACACAAGGUCAGUGCAUAUCUACCUACCGUUCGCUAUAAAUGUGUUUGUGUGUGUUAGUGUGUGUUUGAAGAUUUGAGAAAGUAAGAAACACCCAGAGAAUAUAUAUUUUUUUUUUUUCGUUUUUUGUCAUGUGACAGCCUGUUAGAUUUUUUACACUGUUUAUUCUACUUGUUUUUUCUACGUGGUUUGAAGACAAGAAGUAAGAAAUCCGAAAAAAAAGGUAUUAACUAUGGAAGUGUUGAUCAUUCUGUUAUUUAAUAGAGAUGGUAUAUCGCCAGCAUAGACAUAAUUAGUUAUUGAUGCCUGCGAUAUUCUUCAUAAUUAUGCAAAAGAAGAACUUAGCAAUGAAUAAUGAAACUAGUUCCUGAACAACUAUUUUAGAACUGAGGAAAUGGAAGUCUACAAUU